UCGACUGUCUGUGGUCUUUUUUAGUCUCCCAUAGUCCCAUUUGGGUGAAAAAUCAAAGCAGUGCAAAAAUGGUGAUGUCAAAGGUGAAGUACGAGGAGCUACGGCAGCAGAGGGUGGAGGAGAACAAGAGAAGGUUGGAAGAGCUCCACCUUCCUCUGCUCUCUCUGGCCCUAAAAAAUGCAUCUCCCAAACCUUCUCCUAUGAAGAAGGUGAAGCCGCGCGUAAUCAGGACAGAGCUCGUCCCGUUGCGACGAUCGCCCCGAGUCGCCAAAUCCGCCGCGCCCGAGUACGCAGAAGUGACCUACUACGAGCGGAUCCUACCCCGAAGAGCUUCGUGCCCAAGGAGGGAUCUCUCAAAUAGGGUAUAUGCGUCUGACAAAGAUAGGGCUGUUGCUACAGUGAAAGCGGAGAAGUUGGAGGCAAGUCUGGAGUCUAAAGUUCCAACCUUUGUUAGAUCAAUGCUUCCAUCCCAUGUUAGCGGUGGUUUUUGGCUGGGGCUUCCAUCAUACUUCUGCAGGAGGAACCUUCCAGCCCGAGAUGAAACUGUGACAUUGAUAGAUGAAUCAGGAGCAGAGUGGCCAACUGUAUACUUGGCCAGGAAAACAGGACUUAGUGGAGGAUGGAAGAAGUUUGCUGUUGAUCAUGACUUGGUUGAUGGGGAUGCACUCGUUUUUCAAUUGAUAAAGCGUGCAGUAUUUAAGGUCUACAUAACGAGACUCAAUAAUUUGGCAGAUGAUGAUGGCAGUGAGACCUCCAACGACUAGUGUAAUCUGGCUUGCAAUUAAUGGGUGUAUAAUAAUGCAAAGUAUGAUAUCCAGGGAAAGAGUGCAGCUGCUCAAUGUUUGUGUAUGUCGACUGUUUAGCCAGACAUGUCACUACUCCGAUGCACCUUCUGACCCACAUAUCUAGGGAGCAAAGUCAUUAGUAGUUAGUUACAUAGUAGAUAAGUCUUAGGAUUAGAUAUAUUGUCUGCUGUCUUGGUGGCCCUCCUCUCUGGUCAUGUUGUUCUUCAAAACAAGAUGUUCUUGCUUAACCUGUUUUCUGACAUUUCCAUGGAAAUGGCAGCUUAUGUUUCCAAGAUUUAGACUAUCACUUAGAUCUAUUAGAAUAUGUAAGAAAACUACUAGAAAUGUUUGUCCAUUUACUGUGACCAUUCUUAUUUUUUCAAUACAAUGAAGAAAAAACAAAUUAUGUU